AUGCUCCGGACUGGCGGCGAAAAUAUCAGCCCGGUUAUUCCUCAGCCGCAGGGACUGCUUGGACGCAACGUUUCCACUGGCUCGAAUGCUGGUGCCCCCGCCUGGAAGUCUAUCUUUCGCAUCGGGACACCGUCUUCCAAGAAAUUGCCAGGCAAUAUGACUCCCUUGACUGUUGACACCAACUCUUUUCAUUCCGACGGCUCUGCCAUCCUCACACCCAACCCGUCGCUCACUCCCCAUUCCAUUCUUUCCACGGAACAACGUUCGUCCUACAACUCUUCAAACACGCUCUCGAGCGACUCGAACAAAGCUCUGCCUGCCAGGACUCCCCAAAAGUCGUACAGUACGCCUACGUACUUGGACGAGUACCCCCUCGAAGACGACGGCAACGCCCCAUACGGCAAGGAUAAGCCACGUUCACGGUCCAAAUCCAAGUCCGACAAGCAGCGCAUGCUCGGUCGCGCAAAGGGUCCGUCCACAGCAGCCUCAUCACAGGUGUCGUUUUCCGCCAUCAACCAGCCCAGCUCCUCGCGAUCAGGCCCGCUGUCGCCCAAGGCCUUUGGGGCGAACGCGUCCCGCUUCAUCCGUCGUGUUGCAUCUGCGCCAAACGCAAAGGGCCUCUUCUCCUCGAGUUCGCGAUCGGCAUCGGCGACGACCACGAGGAAUGGACUGCUCGCACCUGGAGAUGGCAUGCCACCCAUACCACAUACCGUGCACGAGAACAGCACAUCGGAUCAGGGCACUAAUUCUCUGGAGACGGUGUCGUCGGCAUCGUCGAGAGGGAGGCCCGUCCGGCCACAGCCACAGCGUGCGCACAGCACAACAUCGGUGAACGCCAAGAAGACCAAGGAUCGAGUGACGAACGCUCAGAUGCCAAUGGAGGGCCCUGGGAAGGUCGCAUUUCGGAGAACGUAUUCGAGCCAUUCCAUCAAAGUUAGAUCGGUUGAAGUCGGCCCAGCCAGCUUCCAGAAGAUCAAAAUGCUCGGUCGGGGAGACGUCGGGAAGGUAUAUCUGGUACGCGAAAAGAAGUCGAGCAAGCUGUUCGCCAUGAAAGUCUUGUCAAAGAAGGAGAUGAUUGAGCGGAACAAGAUCAAGCGUGCUCUUACGGAGCAGGAAAUCCUGGCGACAGCAAACCACCCGUUCAUUGUGACUCUUUAUCACUCGUUUCAGUCAGAACAGUACUUGUACUUUUGUAUGGAGUACUGCAUGGGUGGCGAGUUCUUUCGGGCCCUUCAAUCUCGGCCUGGCAAGUGUCUACCCGAAGACGCAUCACGAUUCUAUGCGGCCGAGGUGACUGCUGCGUUGGAGUACUUGCAUCUGAUGGGAUUCAUCUACCGUGAUCUCAAACCAGAGAACAUCCUGUUACAUCAGUCUGGGCACAUCAUGCUUUCUGACUUCGAUCUAGCCAAGCAAUCAAGUGAGCCUGGUGGUAAACCGGCGACAAUACUUCAACAGGAAAGCGGGAUUCCCUUGAUUGACACUCGCUCAUGUACCGCUGACUUUCGGACAAAUUCGUUUGUCGGCACGGAAGAGUACAUUGCGCCAGAAGUCAUCAAGUCAUCCGGGCACACAUCUGCCGUGGACUGGUGGACGCUCGGUAUCUUGAUCUAUGAAAUGAUUUACGCGACUACGCCGUUCAAGGGAGAACACCGGAAGGACACGUUCAACAAUAUACUGAAUUUGCCCGUGUGGUUUAAGGAUACGCCCAAGGUGUCAUCAGCGUGCAAAGAUGUCGUAUCGCGGCUGCUCGACAAACGAGAGUCGACGCGACUGGGCAGCAAGAGUGGGGCGUCGGAAGUGAAGCAACACAAGUGGUUCGCGAAGAUCAACUGGGGACUCUUGAGGAAUACGCAGCCACCGAUCGUCCCGACCGCGUCGAACGGGAUUGACGCCGUGAACUUCCGGCAGAUGAACGAGUCUGUGUCGCUGCACUUGGAAAAGCAGCAGCAGCACUCGUCGUCGCCGCAGCGCUCGCCGCGGCCGCCAUCCGCGACCUCGUCGAUGCCGUAUUCCAUCAAGGGCGUCGCGGGCGCGGGGGUACCUGCCACGCCGGGGCUGGGGGGGGACGACGGGAUGGAGCCGCCGCCGACGGAGGUGGACCUGUUCGGCGCGUUCUCGAGCAUGACGUUGCACUAUGACGGGGAGGACGAGAGCUGA